CGCCCCCCCCCCCCCUUCUUUUUCACCUAUGAGCAAUGCUGAGCACUAAACAGCAGCAGCAGCAGCAGCAGUCGAUGCCUACUCGAACCUAAUCAACAUCUGACGUUGAUCAUCCCGUUGAUGUUUGGCAAAUCGCCAACCUCGCGGUCCUUAGCCAUGUUUCGGGUCAGCCUUCCGUAACCACGUUUCCAACGGGGGCAAGCGGUACGUACCCAGCAGCAUCGAACCUUGGAGGCGGGGAGCACGACUACAUCGCACUGGUCGCCCGUGACACCAUAAUUAGGCAGAUGGAUGGCUCGUGCUUCUUCAAUACCCAGGUACUCGGGUAGUUGAGAUAUAUCAAGAGAUUCCCGGGCUCACCGUUUCUGCGUUAUUCGUUCUGCCAUCAUCAAGCUUCUUCGUCCUACAGGUUUGAUUGUUUAGUGGUUCUUUCCAGUCUACCGGCUAGACGACGUUCCUUUCUUCCCUUUUCCACUUUAUAUUCACUUCUUUCGAUCUUUUGAUAAGACAUUCCACCCAUAUCAGGAAAUACACAGUCACUAUGCAUGUCAACACAAACUUCUCGUGGCAGCAUGCCGUCCUGUCAGCUCUCGUCAUGAGCUCGGCCGUCUCGGCCAACUAUGGCACCGUACACGUCCGCCGCGGCGAGCAUGCCGUCCGCGACAUCCUUCCUAACGCCAACGCGAACGCCCUGAGGGAACGAGACCUACUCUCCACCCUCUCAGACCUGCUUGGCGGUGCCAGAGCGGGAGCCGGCGACGAUGCUGCUGAUGCGGCCGCUGGACAGGAGCAGGCCGCAAAGGGCCAAGGAAAAGGCAAGGCCAAUGACGGAGCUGCCGGGGCCGCUGAGGCCGCGGCCGGCGACGACGCCGCAGACGCCCAAGAAGAGGCCCAGGGCAAUGAUGCCGAGGCCGACGACGAGGAGGAACAGGGCCAAGGCAAGGGGCAAGGCAAGAAUAACGGCAAGGAUAAUGGCAAGGGGCAGGCCCAAGGCGAGGGCGCCGCCGCAGCUGGAGAGGCUGCAGCUGCAGGCGAGGCAGCCAACGCUGGUGCUGCUGGUGCUGCGGGCAACGCUACCGCUGAGGCCGGAGCCGCCGAGGGCAAGAAGGGCAAGGGUGCUGAGGCCGGAGAUGCUGCCAAUGCAGGCUGCGCUGCCGCUGCGAAGGGCAAGAAGGGCAAAGGUGCUGAGGCCGGAGAUGCCGCCGCCGCCGCCGGUGAGGCUGCCGCUGCGGAGGGCAAGAAAGGCAAAGGUGCUGAGGCCGGAGAUGCCGCCGCCGCCGGUGAGGCUGCCGCUGCGGAGGGAAAGAAGGGCAAAGGUGCUGAGGCCGGAGAUGCCGCCGCCGCUGGCGAAGCCGCCGCUGGCAACGCCGGCAAUGCCACAGCUGAGGCCGGAGCCGAGCAGCAGGGCAAGGGAAAGGGCAAGGGCAAGGGCCAAGCCAACGACGACGACGAUAAUGCUGAGGACGCCAACGCCAAUGAGAAUGCUCAGAACGGACAGGCCAAGGGUGGAAACGCCAACGCUGAGGAUGCCAACGCUGAGGACGCCAACGCCAAUGAGAAUGCUCAGAACGGACAGGCCAAGGGUGGAAACGCCAACGCUGAGGAUGCCAACGCUGAGGAUGCCAACGCCGAGGAUGCCAACGCCGAGGAUGCCAACGCUGAGGAUGCCAACGCUGAGGACGCCAACGCCAAUGAGAAUGCUCAGAACGGACAGGCCAAGGGUGGAAACGCCAACGCUGAGGAUGCCAACGCUGAGGACGCCAACGCCAAUGAGAAUGCUCAGAACGGACAGGCCAAGGGUGGAAAUGCCAACGCCAACAAUGAGGAGAACGCUCAGGCUGGCAACGCAGCAAAUGCCGACGAUGAGGAGAACGCCCAAGGCCAGGCCGGCAACGCCAAUGAUGAUGAGGAGGAAGAAGCCCAGGCUGGCAACGGAGCAAACGCCCAACAGGCCGCAGCUGGCAACGCUAAAGGCGGUAAUGCCAACGCCGGCGCGGGUGCUCAGGCUGCGGGUGCGCAGAACCAGGGCGCAGCAGGAGGCCAGGCCCAGGGCAGCACCGGAAACUCGGCAAUCGAUGCUCUGAUUGCCGCUGGCAGGAACCUUCCUCCAGGCGCCGUUGGCAAGGUCAAGCUCAUGAAGACCCGGAAUGUCAUGGCCAACGCUGAGUGGUAA